ACCAAUAUUUAUCUGACACACCUUUCUUCUUCGAUUCUCUCUCUACCCGCGAAAACCCUAAGACGAUUUAUAUCCUCCGGCGAGAAGAAAUUUAUUCUCCUCUCCGUCCUCUCUAAGAUACGACGCCUUCUACAGAUCUGUUAAUAUAAGUCAGAGAGAGAGAUUCGAGUUUGCAGUUCCCAUCAACCGCUUUCUCUGCCCUCGAUGUUGUCUCUGAUCUCUUUGUCCAUAGAUCCAGGCUUUGUCUGAUUUCUCUUCUUACCUCCUAGAAACCGUUAAGCUCCUUGAUGCUCGUAUUCUCUUCCCUGUCUAUGACUCCAAUUCUGAUCCAUCAAAAUCUCCGUGUCUUUGGCCCUGGUUUGAAUCCCUCUUUCCCUUACUGCAUUGCUAAUCAUUCACUUGCAUCUCCCUGAUUGAGCUUGAUCCACUUCAAUUGAAUCAUCUAUCUGCUUCUCCCAUCAGUGGCUAUUCUGUUGAUUUUGUUUCUGGUUUCUAGCUACAAGUAGUACCACCUCCUUAAAGACAUUCUUGGAUAAGGGUGAAACCGAACAAUCAUGUAAAUCUGAGUGACUCCUAGAAUCUCCCUGUCUAGUAAGUUGUCUUUCAGGAAAUCUCUUUUGGUUUUUUCCUACGUGGAACCAAGUCAGUUCCGGUUUAACUGCAAGAUGCUCCAAGAGCAGCCGGUUCCUAUCUCUUUCCGGCGUAACUCAUUUCGACGCCGGUCCAUGAAAACGGGUGGUGAGAGAGACGACAGGGGCUGGACUCCGCUCCACAUCAAAGCCCGAAAAGGCGAUCUCAAAGGUGUGAAAGAGCUCCUUGACCAAGGAACAGACGUGAACGCUCUAGCUUGUGGACCAAAAUCAAAAGGAGUGACUCCUCUUCACCUUGCAGCCGAAGGUGGCCACAUCGAAGUCAUGGACUUGCUUCUUGAACGUGGAGCCAACAUUGAAGCCAGAACUUGGGGUGCUUGUGGCUGGACUCCUCUCCAUGCUGCAGCUAAGGAACGGAAGAGAGAAGCUGUGAAGUUUCUUGUGGAGAACGGUGCUUUCUUGCCCGAUGAUAUAACCGACAGUAGAUUCAACCCGCCGGUUCAUUACUGUCACGGCUUGGAAUGGGCUUAUGAGGAGUUGAAGAAACUUAGUGGAGAGAGUUCUUCUUCAUCUGGUGGAGACACUUCUUGCAGUUCUGAGAACUGAAUCCUUGUUUUUUAAUUGUUGUUUUCUUUCUUGCAGUGACUUGUAAUGUCUCAGACACUGUAUGUGUAAUAUUUUGAUACCGUUUGAUUUGGUUGUUUUGGUUUGACAUGUAAAACAUCACUUGUUUCAUCCUCGGUUAUCUAUCUGGUUCUGAAA